UAACCCCGAGAUUAUUAUGAACAUCUUUUACCGUAUAAUAAUGUAGUUUUAUUUGUUGACCGAAUAAUAAUAAAAAUAAGUGAUUUCUAUGAAACUCAGUGUAUACAAUUUGAACUACCUAAAUGACGUUUAAAUUAGCCGCUCUUUUGUUAUAUGCUCUUUUCUAUUCAGGAAUGUUUUUUUAAUGUUUACUUUGUGUUUCGUUCAAAUUUGUUUGUUAAAUCUCCCUUAAAAUAAACAUUGUUAUAUAGUUAUGUGCGUGUUGUGGUUUUAAAAUGAGCCAACAACUAGAGGAACAAAUCUUCCUAUUGGAAUCAAGAAGAGUCACAGACAGAAAAAAAGCCUGCGAAUAUCUUUUCGGCAACAUAAACGACCCUGAGAUUAUCCAGCAGCUGAAUAAUGGGGGUUGGAAUAGGCUCCUUACAGGGGUGCAACACUGCUUAUUAAAGGAUGCUGACAAACUAUUCGAUGAUAUGAAAAAAAAAGGCACUGAUCUGUGUUCUUGUUACAUAUCAUCCGAUCUGUAUCUGGCCGUAUUAAGAUAUGGCCUUCAAGAAAAAGAUGUCCUUAAUAUUCAGGAUAUAACUGAACACAUCAUUUCAUGCCUAAGGAAUGUAAAAAUGAAAAAAUGCUUUGAAGUUUCACUAUUAACCGCCCUAAAAGAUUUUGUGUUAUUGCCGGAAAGUAACAGAUCUGAAUUGGAUGUAGAUCACUGGGAAAAUUUGUUUGAUUUGUUGAAAUCAUUCUACGCCAAAGCCAAUGUAACUUCAGAUUUAAAAAAGCAUUACAUAAAAUGUUUGAUGUUGUUGUUUAAAUUUGCUCCAUCAUGUGGUUAUUCCCCUCAAAGUUACAGAGAUGAGGUGGUAUUUAUCAAUAAUUUGGUGGAAAAUGUCAAGAAAUCUCAUCACAAAGUUAUACAGCAGGAUAUCGUCGAGAUUGUCACAGAUUUUUGUUUUAAUAUUGCUAAAGAUCGCAGAAUAACUUGUUGUGAGUUGGGGGAUUGUACUUUUUUGAAUUUGUUUGAGCUUUAUGAGUGUAAUGGAAGGGAAGAAGAACUUAAGUUGAAUGGUACAAAUGAUUUAAAUAUGAGUUUAUCUAUGACCACUGUAAGUCAAAUGCCAGCUCAAAAAAAAGCCAAAAUUGAUGAAAUAAGUGUUAUAAGUAUCAUUCACAAUAUAAAAACAAAUAGGGAGUGGCCUUGGAUAAAUUUGUUAAGCUUCACCCUGAAAAAAUAUCCAUCCUUAAUAGAUUUAGAUGGUAUUGACAAUUUUCUAAACAUUUUAUCAUCUAUAAUAAUAGAAAGUCAGGAAAUAAAUUUAAAAUAUCAUGCUUACCAAUGUUUGAUUAUAUUGGAAGAAAUUGAAAAUAAAAUCAAUGUUGGAAAUAAAAAAACCGUUUUAAAGCAGUGGAAAGAAAUCUCAAAAUAUGCAUUAUUAUCUAUGAAUAACAUUGACAAUACUCAAAUACUCGUAAGAAGAUUAGUUUUAAGGAAAAAUAUUGUUGAUGCAGAAAAACUGCUGCAAAAUUUUUUGAUUUCAAAGUACACCAGCGAAAAUGGACUUAAAACAUUAUUUGCAUUACUGCCACAAAUAAGUUUUCCUAGAUCUGAUACAACAAAGCAGGAGUCCAUUAUAAAUUGGUUGUUUAAUUUGUAUUCAACAAAGUUCUUGUGUUGUAAAGAAAGCGUUUUUAUAUUUGGUUGCUUGCUGUUCAAGCAAUGGCCCCAUGAAAUUUAUUUGGAGGAUUCAAUAGAGGAAAAUAGUAACUGUGAUAUCACAGAUGUUUACUAUAAAAUAAAUUUAAAUAUGGAUGAUACUAAAGAAAUAACAGAUGAGAAACAUUGUGUUGAGAAUAGAGUUAUAGAUAAGGAAGCGCUGUAUAAGUUGAUGAUAAUUUUACAAAAAAACUGCGCACCAAAAGAUGUAGAAAGUACUCUACAUGUCACAGAAUUUUUAGUCAACUUAAUUGAUUUCAUCUUGGAUAACAAAAUACGAGAAGACUGUCCCACUUUGGUGGAAUUGCUCCAAACUAACAUGGAGAAAUUGGAAGAUUUUUUUUCUUUGGCAAACAAAAAUGCCCUUCUAAAGAACAUGGUUUCCCAUAUGAAUAUUCUGUACAGGAUAUUUUCGCCCAAGAAGAACACAGAUGUUUCCCUUCUAAUCAGAAAGCUGGUUUCAGAAUCUUUGUUGAAAGUUAUCUUUGAUUGGAAUCAUUUUAUUCAGGAAGAAAAAUCGAAUGGCAACGCUUCUCCACAAUUGUUUAAAAUCAAGGAAUCUCUGAUGAAAACAUUGUCUUUGUACAGUUUUGUAUCAAGUCAAGAUGAAAUUCUUGAAAAUCAAACGUUUGUCCUGGAUGCUCUUUGCGAUUGUGACAAUAUCGAUUUUGUUGAUGAAGAUGGCUGUAAAAUUGUAAAUUUUCAUUUGGUUCUCGUCGUUUUAAAGCAUUUAAAAUAUGCCACCCCAGGUUUAUUGACAAAUGCAAUUGCUAAGAAUAUUGUCGACCAUAUACAAAAACUAUGCGAAAAAAAGUAUCGUAUAUAUGAUUAUGUAGUUUCUGUAUUAGAUGUAUUAAAAUAUUUUUACCCUCACAUGGCGCAUUUAAACAGAGAAAUUCAGGAGAAGGGUAUUGGAAUAAUGUCGACUUUUAAUGAUAACAAAGAUAAGUAUGGCCCAAAAGUUUCCUAUGCUAUAUUGGACUGUAUUGAAAGUUUAUAUAAGGUGGAUCCAGCAGCUUCUUUUACCAAAGUGGAAGGCCAAGAAUUAAUUGCGCUGGUGCCGGAUUUUCUAUCUAAUGAGCACAUUGAAGUGCGACUUAAAGCUAUAGAAACUUUGGUAUUGUUUUUCGUAGUAACUUCAAAAAACAAAAAUAUCUCCGACAUACAUCGACAAGAAAUUGUUAUCCAUACGAUAUAUGAAGUUGUAAGAGACAGUGAAAAAGAAGUUCAAAAAAGUGGCUCCCCCGAUGAUAUAGCAAACAUAAAUGCGACUGUUUUGUUAAUGUUUGCAAGAUUGAUGUUGUCUUGCACCUUUUGGAUAGAAGAAUAUUUGUUAUGUUUGAUGAAACUUAUACAGGUUGUAAACUUACAAUCCGUGGAUAAAAUUCUUACAACUGUUAGUCUAAAGUUAACCAAUUCAAAAUCGCAAAAUAAUUUUUUGGAGAGCAAUCUCCCAAAUCUUAUUGAAAAAUGGAUUAACCAAGGCAACAAGUUGGGGCAGUUCCCUUACAAAUUGUUAAAUUGUUUGAAUGAAAUUCAAUUUUACAAAAAAUAUAUCCACAUUUGCGUUCCGUUUUUAAUCAAGGACGAUGCACAGGGCCUGAAACAAGCAGCUGACGAAUUGAACACGUCCCAAGAAAAUCUUAUUAUACAAGCGAUUCCAAAAAUUUUCACAAAACUUAUAUACGAAGAAAUCGAGAACUUAUCCACCGAAAAAGUCACAAAAAACAUAUACAUGUUACGUCUUUCAAACUACAUGAGCCAAAACAAAAUAAUGGACAUUCUGAAAAAUAACUUGGAUGAAAUUAUUUUGAAUUUGUUGCUGUUUGUCACUGAUAGUAAAAAAAUUUCGGAAAAAUUUGGCGAGUCUGUUUUGUUUUACAACAAAUAUAUGAGCUAUGAACAAUUUUUAGAUUGCCUGAGGUUUUUAAAAGAGUUUUUGGAUUUAUAUGAUGACUUACUACCCCAUUUGUUGUUAAAACAAAGCAAAAAAAUCGAGAGAAUCUUACUGGGCCUAAAAUCGAAUAUAUACAACACCAUAACUUUGCAGGAUAAAAUAAAACAUUUCCAUCAUUACACCAUAGUUUUGAGCCUUAUAUUGAAGUGUAUAAACGAAAAAAGUAAUUUUUCGGUGUAUUUUAUAAGGGAUACGUCACAUUACUUAAUAAAUCUUAUGAAAUCUAGGGGCUGUGAAAGAUUUAGGAAAGUUGUGACGGUGUUUAGCUUGCAGUAUUUCAAAGAUAUAAUUCCGAAAUACGGUGAUAUUUUCCAGCAAUUUUUUAUUUUUGUGGUGAAUUCCCUGAAAAAUAUAAUAAUCACAAACGAAUCUCUUAAAAUGGAUUGCCUUGAGAUCGUAAAUUUUCUUAUAGUAAAAAAUAUCACCUAUUUAUCUGAUGCCAUAUCAAAGCUAGAUACAUUCCCUCGAACCGAAGAGUUCGAAAAGUUCAACACAAUCAUCAAAAACUUAAAGUACAAUAACAAAAAUGUGACCUUGCAAGAAGAAAUCGAUUUCUUUUUAAACUCAAACGACGAUGAGUGUAACUCAUCCCAAGUAGACAGUUUAAAGCAGUUGAGAACAAUUUUGAUAAAAGAAAAAGUUCAGCUGAAAAAUAUGUAUAAAGAAUUGAAAAACAUACGCGGUUUUUCCGAGGAUUGCAUUGAAAGCCAUCUGCACAGAUUGAUUGCAAAAUUGGUUAAAAUGACUUGGGGAAACGAUAAAAGUGUAAGCUCAGAGGCUGUGAAGUGUCUUGGAGAGCUAGGGCCAGCUAAUCUUCUAACAUUGAUAUUGCAACCUGAGCAAAGUCUGGAAAAUGAUAAAUUUUGGGCGUUCGAAAUGAUAAGCGGAAUAGCAGUUUUACUGUUGUCAAAAUAUAUUGUUGAUUGUGAUAUAAGAAUCGCCAGAGUUGCUUCUAAUGCCCUACAUGAUGUUUUAAAUAGUAAGGAAGCUAUGGCGAUGACAAAUGCUUCCUUUAGCUUUAGCAAAAAAGGUUCCAUUGAUAAACGCUUUUUGGUUCCUUAUAUUGGUUCAGAAAAAUUAACCCAGAACACCACUGUGGCACUGAAUUACGAAAGGUGUAUUUCAUCGAUGAAUUCCGAUGAACUUUGGUGCCCGAAAAAUAAUAUAACCCACGAACUCUGGGUGGUUGAAUUGGUUAGAGCGUUACUGGAAGCGUUUAGGGAUGAUUGUUUUCUACCGAAAUUAAUACCGAUUUGUGAUGAGAAGAUUGAGAUUUGCGAGGACCUUUUGCCGCACCUCAUUUUCCAAUGUCUGCAUGACAACAAGAUAGCGAAGAUUUUGUCCACAAAAAUCAACCAUUUUUUCGAGAAACAAUGGUUGUGUUCUUUGAACAAAUCCUCCAGUGAAGAUGUAAUUAGAGAUAAAAGAACCGUCAAGUGUAUGUUGAACGUUGUUGACUUUGUUAGAUUGAAGAAAUCCUAUGCAAAAUACCACAAAGCUAACAAGUUAGAUGUCAGCUAUUUAUACGUAGCACAAGCUUCGCAAUAUUGCGAUGAUCAUUUCGCAGCGUUGCUGUAUGCUGAACUUUACUGCUACUCGAAAUUGGAGGAGGUUGAAAAAAAACAUUACAAACCUCUGCCGUCUGGUUACACGAAGCAUGAUUUGAUCUACGACAGUUUGGAUACGGAAACGGCUAAGGCAAUGCACAAUAUUUUUCGUAAAGCUUAUAAGGCAAUAGGCGACUUGGACGCAAUGAACGGUUGCGGCAUAUCGUUCAUUCUAGAGCCCGAGUUCCGCGUCGAAAGUUACAAGGACUCGAAUCAGUGGGAUCAGGUGGCCCACUUCUACGAAAUGCAGGUCGGACGCGGUGACAUUUCCUGCAAGAAAAGGCUAAUGGAUAGUUUGAAAAUGUGCUCUCUAUACGAAGUACCUUUGCUAUGCGCGAGCGGUAUAGAAGAGCAACAGUACGAGUGCCUUUGGAGGUUAGGUCAUUGGAAUUUCGAGGAACCGACCUCGAAUGCAGAGGUUAAGCUGGACGUGAACGACUUUGAAAAGUUCAAGUUCCGCUAUCUAAAAUCCUUGCACGACGACGAUAAGUUUAACUUUGAAAAAUCGACGCACCUGCAAAAUCUCUGUCUCGUGGAAAAACUCAAGCAAACGAAUUUGGAGUGCAGCAAAAAUUUGUACCCGAUUCUUACGGAGGUGCAGUCUUUGGUCGAGGCGCUAGAUUUUGCCGAGGCCUUCGACAGCGGGGAUUUCGAAGGCCUGCUUCAAAAAUGGCGUUUGCAGGAUUUGAUUAGUGAAGAUUCGGAGUUUAGAUAUAUCGAGCCCAUUAUCGCGCAACGCGUGGUUUUAUUGAAAAGCUAUCUGGAGAUCGCUAAAAACAAGGGUCUAAAGGAAAUAUUGGUCGAUAUGAUGUUAAAAUUUGCAGAUUUGGCGAGGGAGGAAAGUGAACACCGCGUGGCAUCAAGAAUAUUAACGGAUUUGCAGCAAAUGUCGAAAGUAAAUGACAUUCAAAAAGCCAAAAUCGAUUUGUCUCAGGCUCAGUUGUGUUGGGCUUUAAAUGACAAACUGGCUGCCAAACACAUACUCAGAAAAUUGGGGCGAAAUGAAGAAGAAAAUCCAAUUAUAAGGUCUAGAGCUUUGAAGCUCUCAGGGCAAUACAUGGUAGAGACCUAUUCCGAAAAUAGGCAAACCAUUAUUGCAGACUAUUUUUUGAAAUCGCUGGAUAUCAUCGAUAAAACCGAUACGGAAAGUACAAGGCAGGAAUCGGAUAAUAUUGUAGAUACGUACGAUAAAUUGGCAUCCUUUGCUGAUAGAGAAUAUCAACAGAUUGUUCUUCACAUGAAAUCGGACAUUUUCCAAAAGAAAAUUUCGAACAUGGAAAAAUCUAAAGAAACAGCAAGGUUAAUAAGAAGCAAAAAAAACCAAACAGAGGACGAAAGAAGGGCUGCAGUUAUACAUGAAAAACAAAGCAAAAUCGACGAAGACGAAAUCGAAAAUAAUAAAAAAGAGAGAGAUAAUUUUUUAAAAUUGGCAUUACGGUACUAUCUUAAGAACCUGCAAAGAAGCGACAAAAACAACAUAAGAAUCUUCCGUGUGAUGUCUUUGUUCCUCGAAAACAGAGCAAACGCUUCCAUAAAAAAAAUCAUCGUUGAAUGUAUGAACAAAGUCCCGAGUUACAAGUACAUCGACAUGCUACCCCAGUUGGUACCGCAUAUAUCCGAAGUCAACUUGGACUUGUUUGCCACGGAAAUUUUCAACAUCGUAAAAAAAUGCGCCCUCGAACAUCCGCAUCACACGUUGCCGCUGCUGUUGUCGUUAUCGAACGCAAACGAAGACCGCAGGUUUACCAAGUCCAAAACGAACACGUUCUCGAACGACGACAGGGUGUCCAGCGCGAAUAGCUUGCUGAGAAAAGUCAAGGAUACCAUGGACUCUGAUCUUGUGGAUAGGAUGGACAAAGUUGCCAAAGCCCUAAUAGAGCUGGCUUAUUACGAAGCCAAAAAUACCAACGCGAGAAAAAUCGACUUUAGUAUACCAUCAUCUUUGAAAGUUACAAGGAUACGGUCUUUUGAUAAUGUUUUGCUACCAACCCUCCUUAUAAAACAACGUACUAUUUUUUUGACAGGAAUCGCUUCGUUUAGUGCAAGCUUCAGCAAUGUGGGUGGUAUCAAUGCGCCCAAAAGAAUUAAAUGCAGGGGAACUGACGGUAUCGAAAGAUCCCAGUUGGUCAAAGGGCGCGAUGAUUUGAGGCAAGAUUCCGUGAUGGAACAGGUUUUUACCAUUAUGAACAGUUUGUUGGCCAGUAAUAAGCAAACCACGUGCUUGAGAAUCAGAACAUACAAGAUAAUGCCCUUAUCUAUGAGAAGUGGCAUACUAGAAUGGGUAGAUAACAGCAUGCCCAUAGGAAAUUACCUUGUUGGGGGCCCAGGGCUUGAGGGGGCACAUUCUCGGUACAAAUCCAAGGAAGAGUUAUCUCCCACAGAGUGCCGAAACCAAUAUAAGAACGGAGUCGGUGAGUCCCAGGAGGUUCGCUUAGCGAUCUUCAAUACGAUUUGCAAGAGGAGCAAGCCGGUUUUCCACAAAUUUUUCGAAGAACACUUUUUGCAACCAACAGUUUGGUACGAAAGGCGCAGGGCCUACAUACACAGUAUUGCCACCACCAGCAUGUGUGGUUAUAUACUGGGUAUCGGCGAUAGGCACGUCAGCAACAUUUUAGUCGACAAAAACACCGCUGAAGUUAUACACAUUGAUUUUGGUAUAGCAUUUGAACAAGGAAGGUGCCUACCAACCCCUGAAACCAUACCAUUCAGGCUUACCAGAGAUAUAGUUGAUGGUAUGGGUAUAUCUGGUGUUGAGGGAAUUUUUAAAAGAUCCUGUGAGAAAACUAUGGAAGUCCUUAGAACAAACGCACAAACAAUACUAACAAUUUUGGAGGUUCUUCUUUAUGAUCCUUUAUAUUCUUGGAGUGUCACUCCCGCUGAAGCCAAUAAAAGACAAACUGACGAUUUGGACGAACAUUCCGACACAGAUGAUUCCUAUGAAGAAUCUGGCAAAGAACUGAACAUAACUGCCGAGAGAGCGUUACUGCGUCUGCGCAGUAAGCUGCAAGGUACCGAAGAGGGAAAUCAAGCGAGCAUUGAGCACCAAGUCGGCACUUUAAUCCAGAAGGCUAUGGAUCCUUCAAAUUUGUGCCGCCUUUUUUAUGGUUGGCAACCUUAUUUAUAAACUAAGUGUUAAAAUGUUCCUCUCUAUUUGUUAGGAACUACGUAAGUGUUUAUUUAAUUAUAUUUUUGAUAAUGU